AUGGCGACCCAGACCACUACUGCGAGCCCUCUUCUCCAGCUUGACGCCUCCUACGGCGACUGGCGAGAUGACCUGCGUACUAAAGGAUAUGCAGUCGUAAAGGGCGCUAUCCCCCGCGAACGUGCUGUCGAAUACCAACAACGGGCACUGAAGUGGCUUACUUCGUUCGGCCUGCCGCUGGACUUGAACGACCCCAGCACCUGGCUUGCUGAAAACAUGCCGGUCCAGAGCAAACUAAACACCUUUGACAACUACUGCGUUGUUCACGAAAAGUUCAUGUGGGAUGCCCGUACGGAACCCGGCGUUUUGGAUGCCUUUUCCAAAGUCUGGAACACAAACGAGCUGCUCGUCUCCUUCGACUCGCUCAACAUCACGCUUCCAGGGCGCAAGGACAAGCCCCCUCGGGCCCCGUGGCCCCACGUUGACCAGUCCCCAUUCAAGCGCGGGCUGCACUGCAUCCAGGGCAUCAUCAACCUGAGCCCCGUGGGCGAUGAGGACGGCUCGCUCAUGGUGAUGCCGGGCUCGAAUGCGUACAACGCCGAGUUUUUCGACACACAAACCGAUCGGUCCUCCUGGCCCGAAAUCGACUGGCGCCGCUUCAGCGAGGAUGAGAUAGAGUGGUUCGAAAGCAAAGGGCUCAAGGCGUGCAAGGUCAAGGCUGAGCCCGGCGACCUGAUCUUGUGGGACUCGCGGACGGUGCACUGGGGCGCCGAGCCCACGGCGAACAGCAACACGAUCCGAGCCGUCAUCUACGCGUCGUACUCUCCCGCCAAACUUGCUACCAAAGAAGCCCUUGAAGAGAAAGCACGCGUGUUCAACGUCUAUGGGGCAACGACCCAUUGGGCACACGACAACAUUUGGCUUCGGCCUCAGCUGGCCCAUCUCCCCGAUGGCACUGUUGAUCCACGAAACAGGGACCAGCCGCAGGAGAAACCCGAGGUGAACGAUACUUUGUUAAAGUUGGCUGGGUUGAAGCCGUAUUAG